AUGACACAAAAGAUUAACAAAGCUCCCCAAAAUCAAGACAGAAUCCUGAGUGGCUUAUUGAGGGACUUGCGAUCUGAAGCCUAUGCCCUCUCGGGUCAGGGCGCAAAUAUCGCAAUCGUCGUAAAGUGGAAGGGAAAGACUUGGGAACUCGAUACAGAUGCCGCAUGGACACCAAAAUUGGACGAUGCUGCUCAACAACCUGAGUCUGAUAUGGACGGAAAUGAAGAAUCGGUCAUGCCGGAAAGUUUGGUCUUCAAUUCAGCUUCUCCAAACCUGCCACCACAGCCCUUAAUGUCUCAAACCCUUGUGGAGAGCUCGGCACCCAUGAGCGACCCAAACGUCCGAGAAUCCCACACAUCCUGUUUGCCGCCUCCAUACGAACCACCUCGGUGCGGCGUGCCCAAGAACACGACAAGCUUCGUUCGACAAGCGUUCGAUCGAUGGAUUGCAUGUGGCAUUGAAAGCACAGAAGUAAGAACAUAUGUCUUUGGCGAUGAUACCACCAACACUAUGCGCCACAAACAUGACGGGGUCUUGCGCUUCCGUCAGUCCGUUACUCCGACGUGA